AUGGCUCAAAUACCCACGCCACCAGCGUCGCGACCGGGCUCGGAGGCACCCGAAGUGAAGGUGAAACCUGUAGCUUUGGAGGAUUCAGUCCAAUGUUUGGAUACACUCCUUGAGAAAUACUUGCAUCUGCUUGAUCGGCAGCAGAAACUACAGUCAAGUCUGGCAGGCCAUCUGUCGUCGGGGUUCUUUGCUCUCGCCCAGGCCAACUUCUCUAGUCCUCCUGGCCGCCGUUAUGGUCCUGAUUAUUACGAUGGGCGCAUGAAAGCAACGAGAAAGAUAUCAAUCCAAUCCGAACAAGACACGGAGAAACCCACGAACGAUCCACAAGAGAAAGGGGAUAUCACUGUGCCACCUGAACCUGGAUACACAUUCUCCAUCAAAAGUACAACCAGUGAUCCACUAGAGGAGGCUGAUGGGGAUAACGAGACCAAAGCUUCUUCUCCGGUCCAGAGUGGACAUGAGAAAACCAGCCCGGCUGAGACGGCUAGCUCGGAACCCUCUGACACUGCAGAAACCGAAAUCACCCCUGUCGAGAAACCAGAGCCCGCUCCUAAGAAGUUUCGUUCUACUGAUCCAAUUCAUUGGUAUGGAAUAUUGGUCCCCCAGUCGCUGCGCAGGGCGCAGGACUCUUUCGCAAAUGCGAUAGACAAUCAGGUGCCGAAUUUGGCUAGUACAACGGUCGAAAUGCGAGCGCUGGAACAGCAGAUAAGCGAAUUACGGGCUCGGCUGGAAAUCGAAUCCCCCGAUGCGACUAUGUUGUAG